CCGCGCCCGCCGCAUCCAACGGCCCCGCGCGCGCCGACCGCUCCUCCUACGUCCCUCCCCACCUCCGCAACCGCUCCUCCGCGGCGCCGCCUCCCGCGUCCUCCGCUCCACCCCCGCGCGCCGCGCCAGGCCUCCUCGGCCGCCCCGCUCCCGCCGCCGGGGGGAGGUUUGCGGCCAGCGGCCCCCCGCCUCGCAGGUGGGACCGGGAGCCCAACCCCUUCGGCAACGAGGAGGAGGCGGCGCCGGAGCCCGUGCCCUUCGACGAGCACCAGAACACCGGGAUCAACUUCGACGCCUACGAGGACAUCCCCGUCGAGACCAGCGGCCGGGAGGUGCCGCCAGCCGUCGGCACCUUCGCCGAGAUCGACCUCGGCGCCGCGCUCAACGACAACAUCCGCCGCUGCAAGUACGUGCGCCCCACCCCCGUGCAGCGCCACGCCAUCCCGAUCUCGCUCGCCGGCCGCGACCUCAUGGCCUGCGCGCAGACGGGGUCCGGGAAGACGGCCGCCUUCUGCUUCCCUAUCAUCAGCGGCAUCAUGCGGGGUCCGCCCGUGCAGCGGCCGCAGCGGAGCGGGAGCAGGACCGCCUGCCCGCUCGCUCUCAUACUCUCGCCCACAAGAGAGCUCUCCAUGCAGAUUCAUGAAGAGGCCAAGAAAUUUUCAUACCAGACUGGUGUCAGGGUAGUCGUUGCAUAUGGUGGGGCGCCUAUUACCCAGCAGUUGCGAGAUCUUGAGAGGGGUGUUGACAUUCUUGUGGCUACUCCUGGUCGUUUGGUUGAUUUACUGGAAAGGGCAAGAGUAUCCUUGCAGUCAAUCAGAUACCUUGCCCUUGAUGAGGCAGAUAGAAUGCUGGACAUGGGUUUUGAACCGCAAGUUAGGAGAAUUGUUGAGCAAAUGGACAUGCCCCCACGAGGUGUCAGGCAGACAUUGUUGUUUAGCGCUACAUUCCCAGGAGAAAUCCAGAGAAUGGCAUCUGACUUUCUGGAGAACUACAUAUUCCUGGCUGUUGGAAGAGUCGGGUCGAGUACUGAGUUGAUCGCCCAGAGAGUUGAGUUUGUACAGGAGGCAGAUAAAAGAAGUCACCUGAUGGACCUUCUCCAUGCACAGAGAGACAGUGCAGAUCAAGCAAAGCAAGCUCUCACACUUGUCUUCGUGGAAACCAAAAGGGGUGCAGACUCGCUGGAGAACUGGUUGUGUACGAAUGGAUUUCCAGCUACUUCUAUUCAUGGUGAUAGAAACCAGCAGGAAAGAGAAUAUGCUUUGAGAUCCUUCAAGAGUGGCCAGACUCCAAUUCUAGUUGCAACUGAUGUGGCGGCCAGGGGCCUUGACAUUCCUCAUGUUGCUCAUGUUGUGAACUUUGAUCUCCCCAACGAUAUCGAUGAUUACGUACACAGGAUUGGUAGGACAGGGAGGGCAGGAAAAAGCGGUCUUGCGACGGCUUUCUUCAAUGACAACAAUUCUUCAAUGGCGAAGUCUCUAGCUGACUUAAUGACAGAAUCUAAUCAGGAGGUACCUGCGUGGCUCAUUCGCUAUGCAGCUCGCCCAUCAUAUGGCAGCAGCAGUGGUGGAAGGAACAGGCGUGGUGGUGGAGGUGCGAGUCGCUUUGGUGGCCGGGACUUCCGGAAGGAGUCUUCAUCCUUUGGCAAGGGUGGUGGCGCCGACUAUGGAGGCAGCAGUGGUGGCUAUGGUGGCUCCUCUACAUAUGGGGGUGGUGGCUAUGGUGGUGCUGGGGCUCCCAGUGCCUGGGAUUAAUGUUGUAGUUGCUCUCUCGUAGGGUCUAUCAGGUUACUUUUUACUCUAGUUUCUCAUUAGAUAUACAUUUUUGGUAGGAGCUGAUAUACAGCGACAGUACGAGUGAACUGUGUCAUCCCCUCUUUCUUCUGGUUACUGCCGAGCUAGUCUUAUCUUACAGGUAUCCAUUAUGGAGUGUCUUGAGCACUUUCAAGCACACACGCACUAAGUUCCCCAGUUAGGCAUAGGAUUUCCAGAGGCUAAAAUUCCGGUGUUAGGGAUAUAAGAGCUGGUGUUGGUAGACUGACAUUUAGCAGUUGAUGUCGAGUUUCUGUCUUCGUGUUUCCAUGGUCCAUGUCUUUUUGGUCGUUGGCUGGUUAGAGCUUGCGAUGAGGGUGCUUUUGCGGCUUGAAUUUUGUCCGAGAUUUUAUUUUUGAUACCCAGGUGGUGCUUAGUCCUUUAUAUCCUGUUGUAAUGUAUAUACUGUGAGGUCAGGCUGGAACGAUAAAGUUAUCUAUCUUCUUUAGGAGGAAGAGAAGGGGUACAUUUUCUGAUGGUUUUGUUUCAACAAGAUAAAUGUUAUUGUGGAUUCGUUUUGGAAUUAUCCAAGGUUUCUCUGUUCUAA